UCACAUCAACAUCAGCCAGUGCGGUGGGUGGUAACUAGAAAUCGACUGAAGGUUCCACUCAUUUGUACAAAUAUGCUCUCAUAAUAUGUGAGCCUGCGGCUAUGUAAAACAGUCCUUAUCAUGGCCGUGCCGCAAUUCCCUUCUGUUUUGUUGCAGUCCAUCCAUCAGAGAUGGAGAGAGCACAAUAGUCUUCAUUUAUAGGGCUGCAAAAAGCCAAGCCCAAGGUGAGUCCUCACAGUUUGUGACAGUCUGACCCUCAUCAAUGAUUUGUGGUUGCUUGAUUUAGAGGCCUUGGGUUGGCUGGAGGAUCUUCCAAGGUGGUGACAGCAGGAGUGAUGGGCCACUUGGCCAUGAGGGGAAUUAAUGAGACACGCAUGGGCAAUGAGAUUACAACGCUGCACCAGGAAAAGCCAGAAAGGAGGAUUACCAGUGCAGGCUGUGCGGCUCGGCGCUCCGCCCGACAUCCUCUCUCCUCUGCUUACUGUCGCGUCUGCUCUCCUGGACAGACAGGCAGAGAGGAAGAAAAGAAACUGUAACUGCAGAGACGAAAAGUGAUGAAAGUUGGCCAAAGGGCUGAUUGCAUCUCGGCUGUGGAGGAAAGAUCGGGCAGACUCUGCUUACUCUCCAAACAGAGAAGCAUUUGCCCAAGAAAAUUCUUCGCUGUCUGGUAACUGGAUGGGAAGAAGGCGAAUUUUUGACCUUGGAAAAUGAAGAUGUUGUUGCCAUGGGAACUGUUAAUCCUUCUGUCACUCAAAGAGUGCCUGGCUGGACAUUGCAUCCCUGGUGAAAAUGAAGCACUCCCCUCAGUGGUUGAGGAAUCAAGGCCCUUACCUGAGGCAAAGACUCCCCCUCUCAUUAGGAUGAUGAAGGUGAUGGUGAUGAUGAUGUGGGGGAGCCCUCUUUGUCCUACUCAAGAGAACACACGUCAUGGUCCUGUCUUCACCCAGGAGCCGUCUGACAGUAUUUUCCCACUGAGCACUGAUGAUAAGCAAGUGUUUAUUAAUUGCAAAGCAAAAGGAAACCCACCUCCGCAUUAUUGGUGGAAAGUGGACAGGAGAGAAAUAAACACACGGUCAGAUCCAAACUACAGCCUUGUAGAGGGAAACCUACUGAUCAAUAAUCCACAUGUCAUCAAUCAUGGAGGAGUGUAUCAGUGCAUCGCCACCAACACUUUUGGGACUGUCGUCAGCAGGGAGGCAAAAGUCCAGUUUGCAUUUCUGCAGAACUUUACCAGGAAGUCAAGGAACACAGUGUCGGUCAGAGAGGGUCAAGCUGUGGUUCUGCUCUGCGGCCCGCCACCCCAUUACGGAGAAAUCAAAUAUUCAUGGGUUUUCAACGGACAGCAGAGCUUCCUGCAACAAGACGCCCGUCGUUUUAUCUCUCAGAGGACGGGCAACUUGUACAUAGCCAAAGUUGAAGCCUCAGAUGCUGGAAACUACACAUGUGUGGUGAGGAACAUGAUGACCAAUACCACAGUGUUCAGCUCUCCAACCCCUGUGGUGGUGCGAAGGGACGUGGUGAUGGGGGAAUACGAGCCAAAGAUUGAGGUUCAGUUCCCUGACACCCUUCAGGUCUCUAAAGGAUCAUCAGUGAAGCUAGAAUGCUUUGCCUUAGGAAAUCCUGUGCCUUCCAUAUCAUGGAGAAGAGCUGAUGGAAAUCCACUCCCUGGCAAGAUUAAAAUCAACCACUCCAGUGGUGUUCUGGAAAUUCCAUAUUUUCGCCCGGAGGACGCCGGUGUGUACGAGUGUGUUGCCGAGAACAGCAAAGGACGAAAUGUCGCCAGAGGGCAACUUGUAUUCCACAACAUUGAACAUCUGCACUGGGUCCAGACACUGAAAGAUGCUCAUAUGGCAAUAGAUGCCAAUCUGCAGUGGGAAUGUAAAGCCAUCGGUAAGCCCAGGCCUACAUACAAAUGGCUGAAGAACGGUCAGCCACUAACAGCAGAGGGAAGGAUCCACGUGGAUGGUGGUAAAAUGACCAUAAACAGGAUUAGUCUGCUGGAUUCUGGGAUGUAUCAGUGUGUGGCAGACAAUGGACAUGGAGCUGUCUAUGCCAGCGCUGAGCUCAAGGUUGUGGCCUCCCCGCCUGACUUCACCCGGCGACCCGUGAAGAAGUCCACGGUGAUCCAGAGGGGAGGCGAGGUGGUCUUAGAGUGUCGCCCUCACGCUUCCCCGAGGGCCGCAAUCUCCUGGUGGAGAGGGGGUGAGCUCCUGAAGGACAGUAAGAGACAGACCAUCAUGGAGGAUGGGACUCUACGCAUCACCAACAUCUCUAAAUCUGAUGGAGGCAGAUACACAUGUGUGGCCAGAAACCAUUUUGGAACCUCCAGCAGCACAGGAACGCUGUUGGUGAAAGAUCCAACCAAGAUUAUUGUUCCUCCCUUGAGUUUGGACGCCACCGUGGGACAGAGUCUUGUGUUGCCAUGCGAGGUGUCCAGCGACUCCUCUCUGAGUCCCAUCUUCAAGUGGUUUUUCAAUGGGAAACCCAUUGAUUUCAACAGGCAGGAGAACUUUGAGAUGAUUGGAGGGGGAUUUGCAGGUGACCUGAUGGUGAGGAACGUUCAGCUAAAGCACUCUGGGAAGUAUGUGUGUAUGGUACACACUGAAGUUGACACUGUUUCAGCAGCGGCAGACUUAAUUGUCAGAGGACCUCCUGGUGGCCCGGAGGACUUGGUGGUGACUGACAUUACUGACACCACUGUGCAGCUGUCCUGGAGCUCUGGGCCUGAUAAUCACAGUCCUGUUACCAUGUACAUGGUGCAGGCCAGGACUCCCUUCUCUAUCGGCUGGCAGACAGUAACGACAGUUCCUGAUUCUGUGCCUGGACAGAUGAUGCAUGCAACAGUGAAAGAUUUGAACCCCUGGGUGGAUUAUGAAUUCAGGGUGGUGGCAAUCAACAGUGUUGGUGUUGGAGAACCCAGCACGCCAUCAAAACAGAUCCGAACAAAAGCAGCAGUUCCCAAGGUUGCACCGGUUAAUGUGAGUGGUGGUGGAGGAGCUCGAGGAGAACUUGUGAUCACAUGGGAGCCAGUUCCAGAGGAACAGCAGAGUGGAGAGGACUUUGGCUAUGUCGUGGCUUUCCGCCCACUUGGCAGCAGCACCUGGAUCCAGACAGUUCUGGCAUCACCUGAUACAUCUAGAUAUAUUUACAGAAAUGACAGCAUUGCACCGCUGUCCCAGUUUGAAGUGAAAGUGGGAGUGUACAACCGCAAGGGGGAGGGGCGAUUCAGCCGUGUUGUCAGAGUGUUCUCUGCAGAAGAAGAGCCCUCUGAGGCACCAUCAAAAGUAUGGGCCCGCGCUGUGUCUGCCUCUGAGAUCGAGGUGUACUGGGAACCAGUUCCCCCCGGGUCCAGCAGCGGAAAGAUUGUUGCAUAUGAGGUUCUCUUUUGGGAGAACGGAUCCAGACAGAACGAAGCAGAGACAGUGAGGAUUAUCAACACCACAGCUCUGCUCUCCGGCUUGAAGGGCAGCACAGUCUAUCUGAUCUCAGUUAGAGCUCAAAACAGCGCUGGACUCGGACCCUGCAGCCCUGCUUUUAACAUCACCACCAAGAAACCACCUCCAAGUCAGCCUCCAAGGAAAAUAGAGUGGAACCUGACCAACUCUAAGAUUUUUCUGAAUUGGGAACAUGUCAAGGCUUUGGAAAAUGAGUCUGAGGUGACAGGAUACAAGGUUGUGUAUCGACAGAACUGGCACAGCAGAACUACUGUACUGGAAACCAAUAAGACCAGUGUGGAGCUUCAGAUCCCCCCUGGAGAGGACUACCUCAUUGAGAUCAAAGCUCUGAGCAAAGGGGGCGAUGGCACCAGCAGUGGCCCCAUCCGCAUACCAAAGAUGUCCAGUCUUAACUCAAAAGGAUGUGUGUGUCCAAAUAUCUCAGAGAAGAUUUGCUUUUUCAUGAUAUUUUUUGCAUUUUCUCUGUUCAUUUUGUAGCUUCUAAUGCCUUUAUAUUUAUCUGUGGACAUUAGACUGAGUGAAGUUUAUGAUUCUCUUCUUACAAGACAGAUCUGUGGAAUAAGCAGCGAAAUAAGAAGCAAACUGCUUCUCAAUCACUGGUUUGCAAACCAAAACUGGCUGAUAGGAAAGUUCUGACAGGUUCUCAAAUGCCCACAAAUUCGCGGCUGGACUGUUACUUAUAGGAAACAGCAUAGUUAGAAAACAUUUUCAUCUGCCUAUUUUCAGGACCACUGCUGUCCUCCAGGAUGCAUGCGUUUGAUAAACAUGGAAAGAUGAAUUUCUUAUCAGUCAUUUUGAAAUGAACCUGAGCACAGGUCCAUGUCCCAGUUUCCCCCAUUCCGCUGUCUGUUUCCACCUAGUUUGCCUCAACUGCCAAGUUGUAACUUCUAUGAAUGUUACAGACCAAAAGGUACAAGUUUCACCUCACACAUCACAGAUAAACCAUUUGUUCUCAUCAUUUGGACUUUGUGUUAACCCUUUAUAUGAAAACAAAUCUAAUUGUAGCUAUGUGCUAUUUUUCAUUGUUAUUGGAGUCAGAAUUAUAUCCCACAAAAUAAAAGAAAUAAUUAAACGUUUAAAGAAUUACAUUUAUUUAAGUCUUUAUGCUAAGGUAUUUGACUCCCAGCUCCACUGUUCAUGCAAAGAUAGGAGAAUAGUAUUUAUAAUCUCAUCUAAAGAUAUUUCUCGAUAUAUCAUGGGGACAUGCAGGAUAUACAAAUAUCCACCAGAAACGAUGCAUGCAUGACUUUUGCUGUGCGACUGACAACAAAUAAUGGUCCUAAGUCGCAUUAGCUCCUCCAUCCAGUUCCUCAAAACAGUAGGCCUACAUCCCAAGCUUUGCACCAGUACUCCCAACACUGUGGGAGUACUGGUGGACAGAUUAAAAAAAAUCAAACAAACCAAAAGGAUCAAAAUUGAAGCAGCAGUAGUAGACAAUUCAGUUAGGGACUUGUGCAUUAUGCUAAUAGCAGCUAGCGAAGCCCCGAGCCUCUCGUCUCAAGUAGAGAUGAGGUGCGCAAAUGAUAAUGACUCAAGUGACAUCACUUGAGGACUUGAUCUGAUUUUUAAUAGUUGUCCAAAACUAUACAGUACUACACAAUACUUGUAACUACCGGUAUUUCUAAUGUAUACAUUCGUUUUCCUUUAAACCUGCCAAACAUUUUGGAUUUUGUAAUAAAAACUGAUCUUUCAGUACAGCAGCGUUAUUCUUCAGAAACUCUUUAAUUUUUUUUUAAUUUUUUUUUUUGACUUCC